AAAAAAACUGUUAACAAUGUAUUACCCAGACUCCCCUGCUCCAGCACUUCCACCCUACCCGCAUCCCUUCAAAGCUCACAGCUCCGGUUGUUGACACUCUCCAAAAGUCCGCACGGCUCUCACGGAUAACGGAGACGUGAUCACAGCUCGUCCCGGCUCCCUCUGUUUCCUCUGCUGUCCGGCUCGAGGACGGACAAACCGUCGCACCGAAAGCAUUGGACUGUCAUCGUGGAUUCCCUUUUUUUGGGACCGUCUGUGUUUUGAACUUCUCUUGCUCCGUGCAAGCUCGUGACGCCGUCUCCUUCCUCUGUCCAGAGACCGAGAGAAAUGGCAGAGAAGCGGCGGUCCCCGUGCGCGCUGAGUGUCAAGGCGCAUGCAUUCUCGGUAGAGGCGUUGAUCGGAGCCGAAAAGAGACGCAGGAAGGCCGGAGAGGAUGUCGUGUCCCCCGGCUACGAGGACGGAACUGAUGCCUCUGAUCUAACCGGGAGCCCGGGACCGCGAGCCGACAGAGCGUGCACCAGCGACCGGGGCAGCGAGGCAGAAUGUGCAAGUGACGGAUCCCAGAGCGAGGACGCGCUGCUGGAGAGCCCGCAGCCCGCAGCUCUGUGCACGGCGCCGGUAACCGGCACCGGAGAGGAGACCCGCGUGGACCUGCAGGGAUCAGACCUGUGGAAACGGUUCCACGAGAUUGGCACGGAAAUGAUCAUUACCAAGGCUGGACGGCGGAUGUUCCCCGCUAUGCGCGUCAAGAUUACGGGCUUGGACCCUCAUCAGCAGUAUUACAUUGCCAUGGAUAUAAUCCCCGUGGACAACAAACGAUAUAGGUACGUGUACCACAGCUCCAAGUGGAUGGUAGCGGGGAAUGCGGACUCCCCAGUGCCGCCCAGAGUGUACAUCCACCCGGACUCCCCAGCCUCAGGAGAGACGUGGAUGCGUCAGGUGGUCAGCUUCGACAAACUUAAACUGACCAACAACGAACUGGAUGACCAGGGACAUAUCAUUCUGCACUCCAUGCACAAGUACCAGCCGCGGGUCCAUGUAAUCCGUAAGGAGUGUGGAGAGGAGUUAUCCCCAGUGAGAGCCAUCCCUGCCGGGGAAGGCACCCGCACCUUCUCCUUCCCUGAGACUGUGUUCACCACCGUCACAGCAUAUCAGAAUCAACAGAUUACAAGGCUGAAAAUUGACAGAAACCCAUUUGCCAAAGGUUUCAGAGACUCUGGCAGAAACCGGAUGGGUCUGGAGGCUUUGGUUGAAUCUUAUGCAUUCUGGCGUCCAUCUCUACGAACACUCACAUUUGAGGACAUCCCUGGCAUGGCCAAGCAAGGUAUCCCUGGAGCUCAUGGAGGGGUUGGAGCAUCACCUCACCUGCUCUCCACAUCCCCAUGCUCCUCACCUUUCCAGGUUUGCCCUCUCAGCCCACCUGACUACACCUGCAGCCGACCCACACACCCUCUCCAUCGUUAUAGCAACCCCCCAGAGCCGUUCCCCCCUCCCAGAGGUCCAUCGGCAUAUGAAAGCGAAGGAUUCUGUUCCCUGCCUCUCCCUGCUUCUCAGCUUGGCUAUCUAUCCAACCCCACCCCUCAGGGUUACACUGGGCUUCGCCUUCACACACCGCCCUACAGCCUGUACGGUUACACAUUCCCUCCCUCACCACGCCUCGCUGCCAGCCCUGAUAAAAUGGCCGCCGCUGUCACUGCCAAUCAUCAGAGUCCCUUCCUUGGCUCCUCUCCCAGUGGGACUCUAACGGACAGUCUGGGUGUGCUCAGUGGAGGACAGCAGGGCUUCUUGUUUGACUCUCGGACUUUAGGACUGGCAGGAAGCCAACCGGGAGGUGGGUCCUCACAGGUCACUGCCCACAUGGGCUGAAUUUGACUCCGGACAUCUGGGGUUGUCAUGAACACAAACUGACGCCCUGGAAUGGGAGAAACUUCCUGCGGCUUUGGAUAAGGAGUCCAAACGAUGAAACCCAGUGACUGUACUGGAACUGUAUAUGGAUUGGGCAGAAACUGGGCUGGCCCAGGCACUCAAAGCAAGCACUUCAACCCCUGGCAGGAGGCCCUGAAGCAGUAACUAUUAUACUCACACAGCAUUCUACAUUGCCUCCUUGAUCUUUCCUACUUUGGAUGGAGUUACUGAACACCACUUUUAAACUUGUUUUUAUGGGAUAUAUUGACUAAAUUCAUUUUGUCAAUUAAAUUGUUUGUCAUUACAUGCCUGGUGGUGUUCUCGAUCAAGUCUUUGGAAUAACAAGCAUAUAGCUAAUGUCCAUCUAGUAAUAUGCACUACAGGCAGGGCCUUUUCACCACUCAGACUUUUUUUUUAAACUUUUACACACAACACCAGGAGCCUGUCACAUAUUUACAUGAUGACAUCAUGGCCAUGAUGAGGGUCAUGGGAGAUAUCCCAGUGACAGCUAUGGACUGACAAGGUUAAAGCUGUGGGAGAAUGAUGGAUGACGGACUGAUCUACAUAUUCUACGUCUGAUUUGACACACAUUUACUUGAUGCAGCUGUUUGGACAUCAGGCUGAAGUACAUCUGUCCUUGUGUGACACAGACGUAACUGCACAUGAUGACUUUGUAUAUAGCGAGGGAAGGCAGGAGGGAGGAGAGAUGUGUAUAUAAAGGGCUGUGUGACCCUUCGCACUUAAAAACCCCAAUGCACCUGCUUCUGCUCUUUAGGGUUAGGUACGCAACAGCCAACCCUGAACUUGACCGAAAAGCUUUUCUUUGCAAACACGCGCUAUAUCAGCACGCCCUUUGGCCAAGGACAUUAACAUGUUCUGUGACCUUUUUGAGCCAAAUAAAAUAUAUCUAUUCAUGUCACAAUGUUAAUAUGUAAUCAAUAUCUUACUAAUUUAACUGAUUUUGUAUUGUUUAUUAAGGUAAUUGUGAGCGUA